GUGCCGGGGCGCACCGCCGCCAUGAUGGCGCUGCGCGCUGCUCCCCGGCGUGCCCGGUGGCUGGCGGGCGCGCUCCUGGCGCCGGGGGCGGCCCGCGCAGCCCCGCUCGCAGCGUGCGUCCCGGCCCCGCCGCUGCCGGGCCCCCUCUCCGCGCUACCCCCCGCGCGCUUCGCCAGCAGCGGUCCGCAGGGGCCGGAGGGAGAGGGGCCGCAGCGGCGGGUGGUGGUGGUGCGCAUCACCAACCCCCUGGCGUGGCUCCGCACCCGCUUCUACUACCUGCUCAUCCGCCUCUACUUCGACUCGGAGUUCAGCAUCGAGGAGUUCACGCGCGGCGCCAAGCAGGCCUUUUCCGUUGUUUCACAGCUGCUGUCUCAGCGUAAACUUGACUUGCUGGAGGGCCUGGUUUCAGCAGAGGUACUUCAGAUGUUGAAGGAAAAGAUUUCUUCACUCUCUGAGAACCACAGGGAUGCUUUAGCAGCUGACAUGGAUGCAAUCAUGUACACAACAGAAGGAGAUGUUCGCAUUUACUAUGAUGAUGAUGGAAGAAAGUUUGUUAGUAUCCUGAUGCGUUUCUGGUAUCUGAAUGGUGCUAACCUAUCUGAUGAAGUACCAGGUGAAACCAAAGUCUUCCAGAUUGUGUUUGGAGACGAAAGCACAAAGGAAAAAAGACAUAUUUUAACAGCAAACUAUGAGUUCCAAAGGGAAUUUACAGAAGGAGCAAAACCGGACUGGACAAUUACACGAAUUGAACACCCAAAGCUAUUAGAAUAAAUGCCUUCUGCAGAAUCUUUACAUUAUGAAUGUUCUGUUGUUACAAAUAUCAGACGUUUUGGUCUAUUUUUUUCCCUCUUUUCCAAAAGCAGGGAAGAACUUUGUAUAUGUGAUUUACCCAAAAUUCUUUCUGAAGUUUACACUAUGCUGAAACUUUGCAAUAAAGCCUUUUCCACGGAACAGGCUGGUACAGAUUUAAUUGGUACUAGUGCUCAUCCAAGGCAUUUAGAUGGCACAUUUUCACAAAGGCUGGUAUAAUGGAGAUGCUGACUUCUUGUAUUCUGAGAGGAAAGAAAUGGUACUACAACACUUUCAUGGCUGCUGACCCUUCUAAAUUACCUUCAUAUGUUUUUUUUUCCUGAGGUACUGUACAGAAUGUAGCUGAAUAAUAUGUGAGAUGGACUUCUUAGGUUGUCUAGCUUCAACAGUUCAUUUUGAGGUAAUGUCGUUACUGAAUGUAUUUGAGAUUAGGAAACUUUGGUGUGAGAUUGGAAUAAAAAAAUUCUCUAACAUCACACUGGGAAAA